AUGAGCAACUUGUUGGCAGUAGAGAAUAAGAAAGCUUUAGCUUUAUCUCUGGGAUUUGGAUUUGUUGCUUAUCAGACUUAUCGCUAUUUCCGUACAUGGAACAACAAAGAUCAUGAAUUCGUCCCCAUCGGAGUCAUCAAAGAACUAUAUAUUCACCCAGUGAAGUCUUGGAGUGGCAAAAGUGUCUUCUCACUCUAUUGCGAUAAAAUGGGUGUUGUGUGUGGAUCAUUGAGGGACAGAUACUUCCAAGUUGUCGAUGGAAACACGGGACUAUUUUAUACAGCUCGUCAGAAACCUAAAAUGGUUUUGAUAGAAGCUGACAUUAAGGAUAAUCUAUUAAUAGUCUCACUACCUGAUGGUAAAACAAGCUAUAUUGACUUGAAUGAAGUUAAGAAAAACAAAAAAAUCAUUCGAACAACUCUCUUUGAUAAAAAGAAGCAGGAUGGAUAUGACUGUGGAGAUGAGAUCAGUAAGCUUCUGUCGGAGUUUAUUGACGAGCCCAAUACUCGAUUGGUUGCCUAUGAUGAUCAUCUUUAUUCGGAGAGAACGAUGAUUUCAAAAAAAGAAUGGUGGAUGAAUAAUCCAGUUCCAAAUAGAAAAGAUGAAGUGGCUUAUGUUGAUUUCGCCCCUUAUCUCAUUAUGACUGAAGGUUCUUUGAAUGAUUUGAACACUCGUCUGGAGGAAAAAGUUACUCAUCAGCGGUUCCGACCAAACAUUGUUAUUGACAAAUGCCCAGCCUAUGAUGAGGAUAAAUGGGCUGAGUUGAAAAUAGGUGAUGUUCGCCUAGAAUGUUUCUGUCCAUGCACAAGAUGCGUUCUCACUACUGUUGAUCCAGAAACAGGAAUCAGAGAUAAGGAAAACCAACCAUUGAAAACUUUGAGAAGCUAUCGUAUAUCACCGGAAGGUUGCAUGCGAAAAGAAUUCAAAGACGACCCUAUCUUCGGAGUUAAUGCAGGAUUGGUUAAGCCUGGUUUCAUCCAUAUUGGGCAAGUUGUAUAUGCUCGUUAUAAGAAGUCCGUAUUCUGA